AUGAGCGAGAAGAAGGCAAACUAUCGGUGGCUGAUGGCAGCAAAGGCUGCGAUCAAGGGUGUGGGAACCAUCAUGGAACGGGAGGUUCUGCCCAGUGGUGACGGGCGCGACAUCGAGAUCAAGGACGAACUGUUCGUGCCAAGUAUGAGCAAGGAUCUGCUUUCGGUACUGUAG